AUGUUGCCUCCAAUCUCCUCUACGGGACUGGAACGUUCGGAUUCGUUCCUGAUUGAAGUAUGGACACUCUAUGGGAUAGGGAUACUCGUCUUUGUUGCGCGGUUUGCUGUACGGCUCAAGACCGUGGGCUUCCGGGGGUUCCAGGGCGACGAUCUUUUCGCAAUCCUGCUCAUUCUACUAUACACGGGUGAUGCCGUGUUGGUGGACAUUACCUAUUGGACAGGAACCAAUGUGGAAGCAUCUACUUUCCAGCGCACCAGAACUCUUUCUGACGCAGAAAUCGCGCAAUAUGCCAUUGGAUCAAAAAGUCAAUGGUCUGCAUGGUUCACCUAUCCAGCGUUGCUGUGGUGUCUCAAGGGCGCCAUGUUGUGUUUUUACCAACGCAUGACCAUGGGUCUAUGGCAAUCUCGACUCGUCAACUGGCUAAUGUGGGCAUGUGGUAUAUCCUACUGCGCUGUUGUUUUGACGGUCUGUUUCAGCUGUUAUCCUACAUAUCUAAACUGGCAGGUCGUACCUGAUCCAGGUCCAAAAUGUACUUUUCGAAAACAGAACUUCAUUUCGAUAGCUGUACUUAAUGUCAUAACGGAUAUGGCCAUUCUGGCUGUCCCACUCCCAAUUCUUUGGCAACUAAGAGUAUCCAUAAAAAAAAAGUUGCUCGUCGGCAUGCUCAUCUGCACUGGAUUCUUUGUGAUAGCAGCAGCAAUCAUCAGGGUCGUUCUCACGGUCGGAUCCAACCCCAGCGCCGUGAACAUCAACCGCUGGGGCGUGCGCGAGACCAUUAUCGGAAUCGUUGCAGCCAACAUACCCAUCCUGUCGCCCGCCUUUACCAAGACGUUCUGGCGGGGUCCGGCACCGACGCGGCGCUUCAGCAGAAAGACCAACUCGAACACCAUUUCGGGACAAGGGGGCGCGCGUACCAAGUCGACGUGGAAUGGCGCCUUUACGCCUUGGGGAAUGACGCAGACGUUUGCCCAGAGCUUGAAUACCCGCGCCAAGGACAGCAUCAGUGGUGGUAGCUUUCAUGGCAGCGAAGAGUUCAUGUUGGAAACUACCACUCCAGCUGUUCAGGCCACGUCGCAUGAUGUUGUGGUGGAAACAUCGUAUCAUGUCAGCUCUGAAGAGAAUACUGGAGAUUUGGGGGAUCCGUGGACUUUGCAAUCAAUACCAGGCCUACAACCAGAUGCGCCAGUCGAUAAGAGUCCUGUCUGA